UCCUCCCCACAAUAACAACAGCUGGUCACAGCUAAAGAUGGCCGCCGCAACCAUGGCGGGGCUCGACGCCCACAGGAUGGAGGAGAAGAAGUUAGAAUAUUUCUCCUCCAUCAACUCCAUGGCUAAGAAAAUUAUGCAAGAACGGGAGAAAAUUAAAGCCCAGCACGGCUCGGCUUGGGAGAAAAUGACGCCGCAAGAGCAGGACACCGCUAUCGACAACUGGAUGAUGGAUCCUCACAUCCGAGCCCGAUAUGCUAUGCACAGAGUUGACCGUGAAGAAGUGGUCUGUUACCCUAAACUGCUCAUUCAGACGGGUCAGAAGAUCGUUCACUUUGGAGAGGAGGAUAUUACCUGGCAAGAUGAGCACUCUGCCCCCUUCUCAUGGGAAACAAAGAGCCAGCUGGAGUUCAGCGUGGCACCUGGCACUGGAGAACAGGGGGUUACAACGUCACAGGGAGACUCAAAAGCUGCAAAGGCUCCUCAGAGCAAGACUGCACCAGGAACCAAGGUGUCUGUUGGUGAGGGACGUCGGCCAGAGGAAGAGUCAUCUUUCUGGAAGAUCACCUCAGAGAGGUCCAGGCUGGAGGGAGAAAAAGCAGACUUCCAGUCCCUAACUCCCAGCCAGAUCAAAUCCCUUGAGAAGGGAGAGAAAUCCCUCCCAUCCUACCUCCGACAGGAGACUUCCAAAGAGCCUGAGGCAGCAGACCCUCACCCUCCUGCCCCAGCUAGGUCCACUAAGCAGCGAGCCCCCAAACCUCCUGCUCCCCCACCUCCCAUUCCCGUCGCUGUCAGCGCAACGCCCGCAUCCAUCUCCAUAUCUCCAAACCCGGCCCCUCCGGUCAGCAUGUCAUCAUCGGUUGCAGGCUGGGAGCGAUCUCAGAGCACCCUACCAUCAGUCAGCAACACCCUGGAUGAAGUGUUUUCCUCCAGUCUCUUGUCCAAGUCCCCCAGUCAGUCAAGCCCCGGAGAGAAAGAGAAGGGGGAUGAUGGUUUAGCCUCCAGCCCCACUUUUGGCCAGUUCAACACAAGCAGCAGCAUCCUGAAGACUGGAUUCGACUUCUUAGACAACUGGUAACCCACAGCCCAGACCAGUCCUGGCUCUGAAUGAAUCAUCCUCAUUAUCAUUCACUUUGAAGAUGGACCACACUGCCAUGACCACAGACAUCAAGUCUAGAUUGAACAACACCAGAUCUUAAGUUGACCACAUUACAUUAUUGUAAUUAUCUUCUGUGGCUUGUUAAGACAUUAUCUCACCGACUGUGUGCUGGUGCCCCCGACCCAACCACCCACCAAUCCCACUAGAAAGCUCCCUUUAGUCUUUGAUUAAGGUUGAACCUCUUUAUUUGUCUGCCAUAUAUCCCUUCCCACUACAGCUAGCAGGGUUUGAACCUCAAAGAUUGUGCGUGCUCUCCCUGACUGUGCAUUCACUCUAUUAGCUUCUUGAAAGGCUGCACUUCUCUGACCCGCUGCUGCUAAUGCUGUUAAACGGUAUCACUGCAUACACAAUUAAGGGGCCAUCAGUUUCCAUUAAAACAAAUGUAAAUGAAACCCCUAAAAAUGAUAUAAACACACUACAAUUUAAAAGGGCAUGGAACCUUUUAAAAAUGUUAAAAUGGUGUAAACAGCCAUCUUUAAAAUAGUCAUCAGCUCAGAAGUUCAACUGUAGCUACGUCACUGAUGUGCAAUAGUUAAAUAACAGUGUUGGCUGCAUCAAAACUUUGUUUGGCUAGAAAAAUAAAGGAAGCAAAUAGGUUUUUGAUGUGGCUAAUAUGUUUAAUACAGCAAAAAAGUGCUGUGCAUUGCUGUACUUGAUAUAGUAUGAAAGGGGCAUUUGUUUUUGCCUACUUUUACACGUCCCAAUGUUGCUGCAUGGGUAUUACCUUUUAUAGCAUUACAAUAGUGCAUUUACCCAGCUAGCCAACUGAAAUGACUUAAAAGCUAACCAAUUUCCUUAGCAAUGGAUUCAGCUGCUCCACGGAGAAAGUAAUGCCUUCUUUUCUACCCUUCAGUAUUUAUCAUAAGGUUAACAAUGAACAAGGAAGGAAGUUGUGGAAACCCAUUUUACACCUGCUAUAAAGUAUAUACGCAGAAAAAAUAGGAAAAAAUGUAUACAAUAAAGCCAAAUAUUGUCAUGUUGGUAUUGCAGAAGCAGUAAAUAUUUGUUUAGGGUAACAAAACAUUAUUUGAAGAAAGCACUCAAUUGCUGUAAAGAUGCCAAAGGCUUCAAAUCACGCUAUCCAGAUGUAAGAAAACAUGUUUCGUAGUUCAGAUCCAAACAACUUCCACAUCAUAAUGCAUUUGAAAGCUGAACAAAAUGCCAAAAUGAGAAUAUUGUUGCUAUCUCUUUGCUUAAAAGUGCAAUAUCAUUGUCUUGCCACUACUUGCACACCUAAUACACAACAAGUGGCACACAAAAUUACCAGGAAUUAUUAUUAUGAAGCUGUGUAGAAAUCCAACCUGAAUUUUCUCUUGGGAGAUGUUUAACUGGUUUGCACAUAAGCAAAUUACUUGCAGCCUGUAGAUCAAGCUACAUGUAGUGUGAAUGCACAGUCAUGGUGAGACUUGAAUGCCUUCAUGUGUAAAUUUAGACACUAAACUAGCAAGCAAGUAUAUAUUUUGUACUGUAAGCAUGUCAGAUUGAUCCUCUGUGCAACCCUCUAGAACCUUAAUCCAUUUUUUAAUGUUUAUUUUUGUGAAGAAUUUGCUCUCUAUUGUGCUUUUAUUUAUACUUAGUUAUAUAUUCUUAUUGUUAGUCAAAUAUUCAUAGUUUGACAGCUUAAGUAGCGCUCAGUUAUGCAGUCCUGAUCCACAUACUAUAAACAAAGCUCCCUCUGGUACUGGAAUUCCUUGAAUAUCUUGGAAUUUUCCCAUUGCAUAUUUUUUAAUAGUAUAGCAGAAUGUAUUCCAUUUUUUCACACAUUCAUAGAAUUAGAUUGUGUUUUUCUAGUAAGUGGAAACUAGGCUGUUAGCUUUGAAUAAGAAUGGGAAGUGCUCAAACUUAGUCAUGGAAAACCCAUGGACCGUAUGUCCAGACUGCCAUGUGAAACCGUUACAGAUGUCCUGUGUGGAUUUAGCUGCUCGCCAACACUUCCUCACCACAUUCACCCCUUCAAAAACCAUCACUUUUGACCUCAAACUUGUGCCGAGCAAAGCGAGUGUGCAUUUAUAAUAAAAAUAAGAGGCACCCAAGUGUUUUAGGUGUUUUAGAUAAACAGGCAGGCAUGUAGUUAUUUGUACCACUUGUGUCAUAGAUUUGAAAAAAAAAACAGUUUACAUGACUAGAGUACUAUUUUACUGAAUUUUAUAUUUAUCAGCUGAUUGUAUCUUAUGCUAUACAUGUAUAUGCACUCUGCAAUUUGGGGUCACAAAUUGGAAGGAAGUGAAUAAAAGAUGAGUCAAAUGA